AACAUUCCAACCUUGUUCCUUGCAGCCAACACCAACGGCAUGUCCACCGACCAAAUAUCUACUGUUCCCCAGCUACCCCAGUAUAGCCCUGCGCCUACACUUCGUCCUCGUACUGUACCAAAGUGUCGUUUCUUUAAAUCUUCUGGUGGCUGCCGUACUGGGGAGAACUGCAAAUUCUUGCAUGUGACGGUCGAGCAAAAGCAGGGCACAGUUCAGAGCGAGAGAAAGAGUAAGAGUACACGACGCCCGCGUGAAAUAAAAAGAAAUAGCCACGACCAGGAACCAUCUCCAAUCACCGCAAUCAACCACCACGACAUAAGCACACAUGAUGGGAACAGUCAAAUUGAACCUCAACCAGUGUCACAAACAGGUGCAUUAUCGGAAGCGAGAUCUGCAACAUUGAAAAUUGCGAAAAAUAGGAGAAGGCAGAGAAAGCCAAUUUCCAAAACCACUCCAAAAAAAGCACCUGUCGUGAAUACAGCCUCUCCCAAGGAAGGCGAUCGGAGCAACCCUGCUGCGUCUCAAACUUUGAACUCGAAGAAUACCUCUGCUAAAAAGAAUGCAAAACCUCCACCUGCAGUUGCAAGACCGACCCCGAAAGACCUCGAAGCACGGCUAAAUGAAACAUCGGACCCAGUCGACAAAGCCCACCUCACUCGUCAGGUGGACUUACACCAGCUUGAGCGCCGAUUUCGGGAGGCUGGAUACCAUAUCAUAUCAGAGACAGCGCAGGAAACCAUUGUUCAAAUUGGCAUGGUUCCCACCGAUCCAGAUUUCCCAUUUGAUUUAGCUAUUCUCCUAUUACACAUUGGAAUUCCCGCGACGUAUCCGACUACCCCAUCGCACAUAACUGUCAUCAAUCCUGAGAUCCCAUUCCCCUUACGCCGUAACGUUGAGAAGGCGUGGAUGAGAAAGGCUACAGCCUCGAGGAUACGUUUACUGCAGAUGAUUAACUGGUUGGACAGGAACCUGGAACAGCUGUUGGUAAUGCCCGAUGAACCUACAGGCAGGAUAGUAUUCGUGAGAAACGAAGGACGAGAGAGGAUUGCUUCUGGUUUAACCAACGGGACGGUGACCUUUGCUGAGGAUGUACCAUCGGCGGGGCCGGGAGAUGGAUAUUACGGACAACGUGUCGGGGACGACGACGCAUCAACCAGUAGCCCCUCUUCCGCGGGGGGAUCCGACGAGGAUGAAGAAAGUCAGCGUGAUCGUCGGCAUAUCGGCAGUAGAGUGCCAGAAGAGGAAGGAACUGACGCCGGGCAGUUGCAAAACGACCCGGACCAAUCAUAUCCCGGAGAUUCUAUUGAUCUAAGCGAGAAAAUAUCCACCUAUCUCUCCGCAAUACCGACACCACCACCACCGUCAAGUCACAGAGGAACACAAAUCCGCUUUCCCGACAUCCAUCUUACCAGCAUCUCCCUUCUCGAAUGUACAUCCCUCAACAUUGCAGUCCGCUGUACUCGCUGCAAAACGUCAGUCGACGUCCAUAACCUCACUACUACACCGCGCUACACUCCUUGUCCACAAUGCAAGACGACUCUCGGACUUUUAUAUCGAUCUGAAAUGCUCCAUCCAGGAUCACUGUCCAUCGGGUACAUUGACCUGGACAUGUGCAUCCCUUUUGACCUUCUCCCUUCGAAUUAUAUCGCAACCUGCGACUCAUGCGCCCGUCCACAACCAAACGGCCACGGGUUUAAAGCUCUUGUUCGGAACCAUCCGACUACAAUGUCGUGCACGACAUGCCACACAAAAAUGACGCUGCAGGUUGACCAAGUAAAGUUUCUUACGCUAGGAAACGCAUCGCUACCUCCCAAGAAAUCCAAUAGGAUCAAAACGGCCGCAAAGGACCCAGCCCAGAUCUUUAUCCCAAACACCCCGCUCCCCAAAAACGGUACAUGCUCUCACUACAAGAAAUCUUAUCGGUGGUUUCGCUUUCCUUGCUGCAGCAAAGUUUAUCCAUGCGAUAUUUGUCACGAAGAAGGGAAAGCCGAUAAGCACGAAAUGGCUUGGGCUACCCGUAUGGUGUGCGGAUUCUGUUCGCGCGAGCAGCCGUAUACCAAAGAGGGUGUCUGUAAAUGCGGCAAGGAGACCGUGAAGAAUGCCGGUAGUGGAUUUUGGGAAGGUGGAAAAGGAACUAGGGAUAGAAACCGGAUGAGUAGAAAUGAGGCUAGAAAGUUUAAGGGAUUGCGCAAGACGGUGUCGAUGAAGAGCAGUCGUGUUGGGAAGAAAUUUUAACUGAGGUUCAUGAUUCGCAUGGCUCAUCGCAGUUUGCAGUUUGGUUUCAUUUUCGACUUCAUUCGAUCACGAUGGUCGCAUAAUAUCAGUAGCCCUUUUCUUGGUUUGGUUUCCAUUAUUUGACCAAGAGAUAUAAAUUAUAUAAACAAACGGCCAACAGCGCAAA